UAUAUAAUGUAUAUAUGUAGAGUUUCUGUUAUUGAGCUUCCUUUCAGAAGCGAAAACAGUUGUGUUUGUCAAAUGAAAUCAAGAGGAGAAAUAUGUUUUUACGGAGAUUCGAAAAAGUUAUUUUUUGAAAAAAAAAAAGAAGUUUUGUUAACAGUUUCAGAUGUUGAAUUAUUCUCUUUUCCGCUUCCAAACGGGGGUAAUCUUCGCUAGAGUGUUUUAACUUCUCUAUCAUUGUGUUGUUAGAUGCCUUUCUAUUUUGGGAUGUUCCACAGUGUUGUUCACUUUUAACUAAAUUUUCAUGGUUGACCUUGCCCUUAAAACACGAUCUACAAGGUUAUUUUAGGGCUGGAAACUACUGGAUUGUCUGGGUGUUUUAAAUCUUUCACUCAAAUUUUGAAUAAUCAAGAAAACCUUCAAUUUUUGUCUAGAACAAGAUUACCUUCUUUUGCCCUUUCAUUUUACAAUUCGGAAGUAAAAUAUUUUAUCUCUGUUCAACUCCCUGUGUAUCUGAGAUGUAUAGCAUGCCAAUUCGAGUUUUCCAAAGGUUGGGCACGGUAUAAAUUAGCAGGGGCCUGAUGGGCCAAACUUGGAAAUCAUCCCAUGUCAAUUGCAUGUUUUUUGUGAUACAUUGCUUUAAGAGUUAGAAGUACAACUCCAAUGUGGAACAGACUUUUUAUGGAGUUGCAGUAGUUUAGUUUCUAGAGUUGGAUAAAACAAGAUGGGGGGUGGAUUUAGAGUGCUUCAUCUUGUAAGACCAUUUCUCUCAUUUCUGCCUGAAGUUCAGAGUGCUGACAGGAAAGUUCCCUUCAGAGAGAAGGUCAUAUACACUGUGAUCUCUCUUUUCAUUUUCUUGGUUUGUAGCCAGCUCCCACUUUAUGGCAUACAUUCAACAACUGGUGCUGAUCCAUUCUAUUGGAUGCGUGUUAUUCUUGCUUCAAAUCGUGGGACUGUCAUGGAGCUUGGGAUCACUCCCAUUGUGACAUCUGGACUGGUGAUGCAACUCCUUGCUGGUUCGAAAAUCAUUGAAGUGGACAACAAUGUUCGUGAAGAUCGUGCCCUUUUAAAUGGUGCACAAAAGUUGUUGGGUAUCUUGAUAGCCAUUGGCGAAGCUGUUGCCUAUGUUCUCUCAGGGAUGUAUGGUAGUGUCGGCCAACUUGGAGUAGGAAAUGCCAUUCUCAUCAUCCUUCAGCUUUGCUUUGCUGGUAUCAUUGUUAUAUGUCUGGAUGAACUUCUUCAGAAAGGAUAUGGUCUAGGCUCUGGAAUUUCCCUUUUCAUAGCAACCAAUAUCUGUGAAAACAUAAUCUGGAAGGCAUUUAGCCCCACAACCAUCAACAGUGGCAGGGGUGCCGAGUUUGAAGGGGCUGUUAUUGCAUUUGUCCAUAAUCUUUUAACUCGAGAAAACAAGAUUCGUGCUCUCCGAGAAGCCUUUUAUCGGCAGAAUCUUCCAAAUGUAACAAAUCUGCUUGCUACAGUCCUGGUUUUUCUUAUUGUUAUCUACUUCCAAGGGUUCCGUGUGGUAUUGCCUGUGAGAUCAAAGAAUGCCCGUGGGCAGCAAGGUUCAUAUCCUAUCAAGCUGUUCUACACCUCUAACAUGCCCAUCAUUCUACAUUCUGCUCUUGUUUCCAACCUUUACUUCAUCUCUCAGUCAUGUAUCCCUCUGCAGUUACUGUACAGGAGGUACAGUGGAAACUUUUUUGUGAAUCUCUUGGGCAAGUGGAAGGAAUCUGAAUAUUCAAAUGGUCAAUCCAUUCCUGUUGGUGGCCUUGCGUAUUAUAUCACUGCACCAUCAAGCUUAGCUGAUAUGGCAGCCAAUCCUUUUCAUGCGCUGUUUUAUCUUGUGUUUAUGUUGUCAGCAUGUGCAUUGUUCUCAAAAACUUGGAUUGAAGUUUCAGGAUCAUCUGCUAGAGAUGUUGCCAAGCAGCUCAGGGAACAACAAAUGGUUAUGCCUGGCCACCGUGAGGGAAGCUUACAGAAAGAGCUGAACCGUUACAUUCCGACUGCUGCUGCAUUUGGAGGCAUGUGCAUUGGUGCACUCACAGUGUUGGCAGAUCUUAUGGGAGCAAUUGGGUCAGGAACUGGUAUUCUUCUUGCAGUCACAAUCAUUUAUCAAUACUUUGAGACUUUUGAGAAGGAGAAGGCCAGUGAGCUUGGCUUCUUUGGAUUUUGAGCCUUAGUUUUUAACUGGAGGGAUGCUUGUGCUUACUAGCUUCCAACGAUUUUGGGCCUCCUUUUGACAGCAAAGGUUAGAUUUUAGGAAUUCAAUAUGU